AUGACUCCGGAGCAGUUGGCUCAGCAGGCGGCAUCCAUGGAGAAGUCACAGGCCGUGGCGGACAAGAACCUUAUUGUGAUAAGGUCUCUGGCUGGAAAGCACCCGGAGUUGCAACCACAGGUGGGAUUCACAGCCAAGAGCUUUACUGUUUGGCCACCCCGUGGCGAAGUGGAUAACCCAGAGAUCAAUCCCAUCACGGUGAAAGUUGACAAAAAGAAGGGGUCCACGGUGUCGUGGCUGAAGCACGGCGGUGCCUCCCGAGCGUGGGCCUUGGCGACCUUCCUGGCUGGGUGGAUUGGAGAUGUGGACCCGCUCGAGUCGGAGAACGACGUGGGUGGCGAGGCUUCGCUGCAUCGUGAGGGUUUGUACCCGAUCUAG